CCGAAAUGUAACAAAGAACUAGUCGAUGCAUUCAACCAAUUCGCUCUAGACUUGCACAGGGAUCUAAGUACGGAUGAUCCAAACGGUAAUUUGAUAUUCAGUCCUUACAGUGUUGCUUCUUGCUUUCUGAUGGUACUACUAGGGACUGCAGGUGAAACUGCCGACUCCAUUGCUGAAGUUUUCCACAUUACUCAAGCGAUCAGAGAAAGUGUCCACAAAUACCGUAGGUGCAUAGACGAAUCGAUCAACGGACAUGAAUCUGUGAAGCUCAAUACAGUAAACCGUGUCUACCCAGCAACGACGUUAAAUCUCCUCGCCUCAUAUACAGAUGCUAUUACAGAAUACUAUGGGGAAGACGCUAAGAUUGAGCCACUUGAUUUUAAAAAGACUGAAGAAUCUCGUAAGAUUAUAAAUGACUGGAUAGCUAACGUUACAAACAACAAACUACAAAAUGUUAUUCAACCAGAUAACAUAGACGCGAUGACUGUGAUUGUUCUGGUGAACGCCAUUUAUUUCAAAGGUACGUGGAAGUACAAAUUUCUCGAAAAGGAAACACACAAAUCCAACUUCUUCACCGACAAAGACACUUCUACUGAAGUAGACAUGAUGGUGCAUCGAACACAUUUUCCGUACACGAACAGCCCGCCGUCUAUUCUCGACGCCCAGAUCGUCGAGUUACCGUAUGUCGGUGAUACCGUAAGUAUGGUCAUAUUGCUACCCAACGAUCGAUUCAGACUUGCAGAACUUGAACAAAAACUCACAUUGGCCAUGCUGAAGGAUGAGAUGAAUUAUUUGUACCCUGACAGAGAAGUAACCGUGAGCCUGCCAAAAUUCAAGCUGAAGGAGAGGUACAUACUGAACAAUAAUUUGAAAAGACUGGGUAUGGAUCAUGUGUUUUCUGGUGCGAAUCUUAGCAAGAUGGCGAACGAUGAUAGGCUUUCAAUUGACGAGGUCAUACAUGAAGCCUUUAUUGAAGUAAAUGAAGAAGGUACUGAAGCGGCGGCAGUAACAGUGAUAGCGGGCGGAAGGUCGGGGCCUCCACCGCCCGUCAGAGUGACCUGUGACCAUCCCUUCCUUUUCUUCAUACGUGACAAGCCGACUGGCGCCAUUUUGUUUUGGGGUAGAUACACGAAACCAGAACCAGUCGCAGACGACAUUCCCACUACUAAACAAGGAAACAAUUUCAAAGAAUGCAAAAGGAAGAAUGGCAGAAACUGCAAAACCACUACUGUCGAAAGUCGUGAUGUGGAGACAACUACCACUAAGCAGCCUCGAACGAGACUCAUACCGGGAGAAAAUUACAAAGAAUGUAAAAAGCUUUGUAUGCAGAGAAAAACUGAAAAGGACAAGCCAACCGAGCCAAAAUGCACAAAAAUGUGCACAAGAAAAUUUUCAACUACACCAAAAAUCUAAGACUAAAAACUGAAAAUAUAUAUAUGCCUAAUAUAAAAAAUGAAACGUUGAUGCAUAGACUAACAAGUGACGUAAAGCAUUGAUAUUUUGCUUUCAUUAGGGGAUUUAUAUGUUGAUUAUUUGAA